CCAUGUGUCAAAUUCUUGCCGUUCUGGGUUGCUCUGAUACUUCCCUUGCAAAGAGGUCCCGAAUCAUUGAGCUUUCACGCAAGUUACGACACAGGGGCCCUGAUUGGAGUGGCAUACAUUGCCACCAAGACUGCUAUCUGGCUCACCAAAGAUUGGCUAUUGUAAAUCCUACUUCGGGUGAUCAGCCCCUUUACAAUGAGGACAAGUCGAUUAUUGUCACAAUAAAUAGGGAGAUAUAUAAUCAUGAGGAGCUGAGAACAAAGCUCAACUCUCAUCUAUUCAGAACUGACAGUGAUUGUGAAGUGAUUGCUCAUAUUUAUGAUUAUGGAGAGGAUUUCGUGGACAUGAUGGAUGGAAUGUUCUCCUUUUUCUCCUUUGUUCUCCUUGAUACUCGUGAUAAAAGCAUUAUUGCUGCACGUGAUGCCAUUGGAAUCACUCAUUUGUACAUGGGGUGGGGCCUUGAUGGGUCUAUUUGGUUUGCUUCAGAAAUGAAAGCCUUAAGUGAUGAUUGUGAACAAUUCAUUUCCUUUCCUUCUGGUCAUAUAUAUUCUAGCAAAAAAGGUGGGCUUCAGAGGUGGUAUAAUCCGCUUUGGUUUUUAGAGCUCAUACCAUCAAGUACUUAUGAUCCAAAGGUUCUGCGACAAGCAUUUGAGAAGGCAGUUGUAAAGAGGCUGAUGACUGAUGUACCAUUUGGAGUUCUGUUGUCUGGUGGAUUAGAAUCUUCUCUUGUUGCUUCGGUUGCUUCUUGCCACCUGAGUGAGUCAAACUUUGCAAAGCAAUGGGGAUCUAAGCUACACACGUUCUGCAUUGGGUUAAAGGGUUCUCCGGAUUUAAAAGCGGCGAGAGAAGUCACAGAUUAUCUCGGAACAUUUCAUCAUGAGUUCCACUUCACAAUUCAGGAAGGCAUUGAUGCUCUCGAAGAAGUUAUCUAUCACGUAGAGACAUUUGAUGUGACCACUAUUAGAGCAAGCACCCCAAUGUUUCUUAUGUCUAGGAAAAUAAAGUCUUUGGGUGUAAAGAUGGUUCUUUCUGGGGAAGGUUCUGAUGAAAUAUUUGGAGGCAAUCUAUAUUUUCAUAAAGCACCGAACAAGGAGGAGUUCAACCUUGAAACGUGUCGUAAGAUCAAAUCUCUUCAUCUGUAUGAUUGCUUGAGAGCCAAGGAAGCAACAUCCGCUUGGGGUCUAGAGGCUCGGGUUCCUUUUCUCGACAAGAAUUUCAUCAAAGUAGUAAUGGAUAUUGAUCCUGAAUGGAAAAUAAUCAGACCUGAUCUUGGCCGGAUCGAGAAAUGGAUAUUGCGCAAUGCUUUUGAUGAUAAGGAGAGACCAUACUUGCCCAAGCACAUACUUUACAGGCAGAAGGAACAAUUCAGUGAUGGCGUUGGUUAUAGCUGGAUUGAUGGCUUGAAGGACCAUGCCAACCAACAUGUUUCAGAUGCCAUGCUGAAUAAUGUGAGUUUUGUUUAUCCCGAGAAUACCCCAUCGACAAAGGAGGCGUACCACUACCACACUAUAUUUGAGAAAUUAUUUCCUAAGAAUGCUGCGAGAUUGACGGUUCUCGGCGGCCCUAGUGUCGCUUGCAGUUCUGCCAAAGCAGUGGAAUGGGAUGCAGCUUGGUCUAAAUGUCUCGACCCAUCCGGCCGCGGAGUUCAUUCUGCGGAAUAUUAA